UUAGGCUUUAGUGAUUAUUUUUAGGGUUUAGUACCAAGGGGUUGGGGUUGGGUUUAGAAAUGUUUUAUAAAUAUUUAGAAAAAUUAGCUUAGUGCUAUUUUAUCACAAAUUUAGGUUAUUUAUGAAAAUAUUCAAGCUAUUUAUGAAAAUAUUCAUUCAUUAAUGGUGAAUUUGAAAAGUAGUAACAAACCGGUGGUAGAAUUGAAAUUUUUCCUAAAUUUUGAUAUUAAUUUAAUAUACUACUUUUCAAUUAAAUUUUUUACCUUUAACCAAUAAGAUUUUCCAAUUUAAAAUUUUGUAUCACAUGAUUUAAAAUAUGCUAUCACUGAACUAUAAAAUUAUUGUGUUUUAAAAUGCUAUAUUAAACAAUUAGUAAUAUGGUAAAUAUUACAAUAAAUCAUGAAUUAUUUUACAUUAACAUUUUAGGUUAUAUUUGGCAAAUCUCAAUUUUUAUUUUAUCAAUAAAACCUUAAUUCAAUAGUAAAGUCUGUUAUAAUAUUAAUUUUAUGUAGUGAGGAAUCUCAUUUAAAAUACAAUGGAGGUGCUCUUAUGUCUUUUUUUUUUUGCAAGUGCUCUUAUGUCCUAGAAAUUGUUUUCUCGUUGAAAUAUUGUUACUAUGCUGUAUUAAAUUGACAGAAAAGUUGUUGGCAGAAAGAAAAGCAGAUUUAGAGAAUCAUUCAUCAUUGGUUUUAUGAUUUUAUCAUUCGUAGCUUUCUGUUUGAAAUGUUGUCUUAGUUCCCAUUCAUUUGAUCAUCCUUUACAGUGGGCCGUUUUGUUAGUUACAGUGGACCAUUUUGCAUGUUCCUCGUGCUGAAAAUCAAAGUUUGAGUCGGUUACUGAUGUAUCAGAACUGAUGUGGUAAUGUAUUUAUUAUAGAAAUGAGAGACUAGUCUUUUCUUUUUACUGUCACACGCGGUUAUAAAUUUUAACUGCGGAAAUGUCCUAUUAUAAAUAUAGGUGGCAAUGUGCCUGAUCUCUGCAACACAAGUACACAACUCAAAAGUAAACAAAUUAAAAAAACUCAUCAAACCCUAAACACAAAUAUUAAUCAUAAUGAUGUCAUCAUUUCCAUUGGUCUCCUUUCUCAUCACCCUCAUGUUGGCUGCAGCUGUAUGCACCCAGGGAUACGAACCUGCGCUGGAUACGGCCGAAAAUCCAAUUCUAACGAGUGCACAAUACCUGAUCCAACCGUACUCCCCGAGGAGUAACGGAGGUGGUCUCCUCCCAGUCCCUGUUAAACUACUUCCCCUUUGUCCACUUGGCAUCAGCCAAUCCUCGGUUACAGCCUUACCUGGCCUACCGGUUAGCUUCUCAUAUCCAUACCCGCUCAUGGACACCUAUGUUAACGAAGGGCAAGCUGUAAAUAUCGAGUUUAGGUCGGAAGCAUGGCCGGGCUGCGAAGAGUUUUCCAAGUACUGGGAAGUAGAUGAAUCCUCAUCGGCUUCCGAGGAGCCUGCGAUUCUCGUCGGUGGUAAGAAGCGGGAACGAAACAGCUGGUUUAGAAUUGAGAGAAAAGAAAAUUUUGUAGGAGGAAAUGCUUACAAGUUGACCACCUUAGCCGGAACCAUUGGAACCAUCCCAGGGCCUUGGGAAAAUGCACCACAACUAGUUCUCACCAAUGAUACUGCUAAGACCUUCCUCGUCAAAUUCCACAAAGUUCAUGGUGAUACUACGGCUACUACAUCUACUUCACGUCUGGAGAAGUUAGGUCUAGGGAUGUUCCCAUUCUACUAGUCAACAAGCUAAGAAUCAUGUAAUGUAAAGCCUGGCCUAAAGUAAUGGGUUGAGAUAAUACCCUCAUGCAUGUACCUGAAUUUCCAUAAAUAAAACAAAACUAUGUUUGCCAAAAA